AUGUUCCUUAUACCCUACUGCCACUAUGCCUCCCAGAAUGAGGAGAAGGAGGUAAAGGUACAAUGUCCAUGUUUCUCUGGUAACAGCUGCCGUCUCCCCAUCUCUGCCCUGGGCUGGAAGAGAGCUGGCAGCUGCAGCAUCCUAUGGCUGCCCCUGUCCUUCCCCUCCAGAGCUGUCGCAGUAAAUGCACAAGGGAACAAGGAGGAGAUGAUGAGCAGGACUAAUCAUGCCCGUUUCCUGAACUGGAUCCCUUCCGGGACCCUUGCUGCUGGCCUUGAGCGCUUGGCUGUUCUGCUGCAGGUACAACUAGGCGCAGCCUAUAAGCUGGUGGGCUACUUUACCAACUGGGAUCAGCAUCGAGAAGAACCAGCCAAGUUCCUCCCCAAGAAUGUGGACCCAUGUCUGUGCACACACCUGAUAUAUGCCUUCACCACCAUAAAUGACAAAAAGAUUGCUCCCUGUGAAUGGAAUGAUAUUGAUGUCCUCAACGGAGAUCUGGUCAACUUGCUGGCCAUUGGUGGCUGGAACUUUGGCACUCAGAAAUUCACCACCGUGGUCUCCAUGGCUGCCAACUGCAAAAUCUUCACCUGCCCUCUCAUUGACUUCCUUCAUCAACAUGGAUUUGAUGGCAUUGACUUGGAUAUUGAAUAUCCAGGGCCCCAAGGAAGCCUACCUGACGACAAACAGCGAUUUACCAUCUUGAUUAAGGAAACGAUAGAGGCUUUUGUAGAAGAGGCUAAAGAAACAGGAUAUCCCAGACUGCUGAUCGCUUCAGCCGUAUCAGCUAGCAAAGGGACCAUUGAUUCAGGAUAUGAAAUUGCAGAGAUUGGGAAACUCCCUGAUUUCAUCAAUGUGAUGACCUAUGACUUCCAUGGUGGCUGGGACACGUGUACAGGACAUAACAGUCCCCUGCACCUAAGACCCAAGGAUCAAGGCGACAUGCAUUAUUUCAACUGUGAAUAAGCCAUGAAGUACUGGAGAGACAAUGGGGUCCCUGUGGAGAAGCUCGUCAUGGGGUUCCCCUCCUAUGGGAGAACCUUCUGGCUCAGCACUUCUGACACCUCAGUCUGUGCCCCAGUCUCUGGAGCAGGGUCAUCUGGUCCUUACACAUGUGAGGCUGGCUUCUGGGCUUACUACAAGAUCUCCAUAUUCCUAAGUGUCACAAGUGCUUGGAUUAAAGACAAAAAUGUCCCAUAUGCUUGUGAAAACAAUGACUGGGUUGGCUAUGACAACAUUGAGAGCUAUGGAUGGAGAGUCAACUUUCUAAAGGAAAACAAUUUUGGCAGGGCCAUGGUUUGGGUCAUUGAUCUGGAUGACUUCUCAGGCUCCUUCUGCAAUGAGGGCAAAUACCCACUCAUAAGCAAACUGAAGUCACUCCUGGACCUGUCCUCAGGUGCGUCACUAUUGAGUUUACCACGUUGUUCUAAAGAAGAUACAGGUCAAGCUGCAAAGAAUGGCAAACGCAGAGAGGCCAGGGUGCAUGGAGGCAGCCACAGAACUUCUAGGCACUCACAUUUGACAAAAAGGGCAGAGUUACAGAAAGCACCUUUUUAGAAAUCCAUUUUUCAAUCAAGGGGCCAGUAAAAGUUCAGUAGUUAUCAUGAGCAAGGAUUUGAAUAUACCUGAUAGCCUAGAGGUGGGCCUCGCUGUUCA